AUGGCAUCAUUUUAUGUAUUACGACAACUUUUUGAAACUGCUCAAAUGCAUCCUCAAAAAAUUGCUGUAGUACUUGAUGAUCAAUUGUGGACGUAUAGUGAAUUUAUCGAACGGAUCGAAUGUGUAGCAUCCCAUCUUCAUCAUUUAAACAUUGUUCCCGGACAAAUUGUUUACCAAUUUGUUGACCGAAGUCUUGAAAUGAUUUCUGGUAUAUUUGGUAUUAUGUGCGCUGGCGGUGUUUACUGCCCAUUAAACACAACCGAUCCAUAUGAACGUCUUGCUUCACUUCUCGAUCAAAUACGUGGACAAUAUGUUCUACUGCAUGGAAAAACUCGUAAUCAAUUUCCAUCAACAGCUGUUUCAUAUGUCAUUCGAUUGGAUGAGAUUCUCGUUCCGCUUUCAAGCGUUGAAGAUAUAAGAGGCAUUCCAGAUUGUCGAGAGUCUGGCCCUGCAUAUAUUAUUUUUACCUCGGGUACAACUGGUCGGCCAAAAGCAGUUCUGCACACUCAUGCUAGUUUUUCAGCAGGUAUUGGCUCUGGUUCUCAAUGGGAUCUUGGAAGAGAUUUGAUUCGUUGCCAAGUUCUUCAAAUUGCCAACUGUUCAUGGAUCACGCAUAUGAUAGAAAUAGCAACGACACUCACAGUUGGUGGUACUAUUGUGCUUCUUCGACCAGGUGCCACCUUUGAUAUAGCAUAUUUUUGUCAUACUCUGGUGCAUCAACAAAUAGCGACAGUGCUCAUUGGACCGUUUCUAGUUCGAGCUCUUUGCCAUUAUCUCGAGAUGAGUCAACGACUUGAAACGUUCAGUUUUGUACGCAACUUGGGCACAGGAGGUGACUAUGAACUUAUUCAUUCAAAUAUUGAAUUGCUUGUACGUUUUGCUUGUUGUCGUAUAUUUAGGUGA